GUUCCUUCCGGAAUCGGGGGGAGGAGCAAUAAUAGCAGCGGGCCCACCCACCACCCUCUCUCUUCCGCUCGUUCAAGAUUCCUCCUUCCCCCCGUCUCCGUCCUCCGUUUAUUCGCCUCGCCGUCGCUGCCCCCACGGAAUCAAGAGCCAUCAUUUGCCCAGCCGGCCGCCGGGUCUCGCGGAGUGGUGCUCGAGCGAGACAGAGGCAGGGAGGAUCGGCAGCCCGGCCGGGAAGAAGGAGGAGGAUGCUGGAGGGAAAGGCGCGGGUGCAGGACACGGACAUGCCGGCGCGGAUGCAGGCGGCGGCGACCUCGGCGGCCUCCCGCGCGCUCGACCUCUUCGACGUCGCCGACUGCCGCGCCAUCGCCGGCCACAUCAAGACGGAGUUCGACAAGCGGUACGGCGUCGGGUGGCAGUGCGUGGUGGGCGCCAACUUCGGGUGCUUCUUCACCCACACCAGCGGCACCUUCAUCUACUUCUCCCUCGAGCGACUCUCCUUCCUCCUCUUCAAGGCCGCCGCCGCCGCCGCAUCCUGAAUGGUAGAUGUUCUCCUCCGGCUCCCCUCCACGCCCGGCGCCGCCGUACCGCACGGCCUCCUCUGCAGGCGGCUGCUGCUGUUCUCAGUGCCCGCCGGCGAUGGAUUGCAGGCCCCGCACGGCAGGAGGCGUCCUCCACGGACCGUGUGCUGCUGCAUCAGUGUACGCCCAAAGCUCGAAUCUGUCGCAACUUGUACAUAGAUCACUCAGAACCAGGCGAUGCUCUCUCUCGUUUUCUGGAAUGUAGCCUCAGCCCUCUCAAUGUUCUUCAUUUCUCAUCGACUCCAGGAUGGGCCUGAUUGGUUGGUUCCGUGCCUGAUUUGACAUGACAUUUUCUUUCGUCCCAGCAUUCUCCCUCGUUUCAGCGAAGAGAAAAGAAAAUAUCUUUGGUUA